AUGGAGAAACCGACUACAGAAUUCAUCGAGCAUACAGAUAACCACCAACUCAGCCACAUAGCCAACCGGGAAGAUCACGAACUAAGCAAGUGGCAAAGCGUCAAGAAGUACCCAUGGGCCUUUGUAUGGUGUAUCUAUGCCGUGUGGUGCAUCCUUCUUGUCAGCUUUGAGAAUCAAGCAUCCAGCAAUGUCACUAGCAUCCCGGAAUUCCGCAAGGACUUUGGUUUCUACUAUGAAGGCAAUUAUGUACUCGAGGCGAAGUGGCAGUCUGCCUUCAGUGGAGCACCUGUCGCAUCUGCUGUCAUUGGUGCCCUCUGCUCGGGACAGAUUGCUGAUACCAUUGGCCGGAGAAUCACUAUAGGGGGUGCGCUGCUGAUCUCCGUUGCAGGCAUCACGCUGGAGUUUGUGGCGACGACGAAUCAAAUGUUCUUUGGUGGAAAGUUUCUGAAUGGAUUUGCACUAGGCGCACUGGCCUCUGUGCCAGUGACCUAUGUCGGCGAGAUCGCCCCCCUCGCCCUCCGUGGUACACUAACCUGCCUCACAGCCCUGGCCUACGUGAUCGGUCCUCUCAUAGUAGCCCUAAUUACUAACACAACGGGCAACUACACCAACCGCUGGGCCUACCGUGCCGUCUUCGCAGCCCAAUAUGGCUUCGCCGCAACCGCCAUCGCCUUAAUUGCCUUCAUGCCGGAGUCCCCUUGGUGGCUCAUCUCCCAGAACUGGGAAGAAAAAACAGACGAUUCCCUCCGCAGACUGGGAUACAGCGAAACCGAGCGACUCAAGAAGAUUGCCAUCAUAAAAACCACUCUCGAAGAAAUACGCUCCGAGACAGAAGGAGCUACGUACCUUGAAUGUUUCCGGCGCUCAAAUCUUCGACGAACAAUUAUCUCCAUUGCCCCGCUGAGCAUUCAAGCCUUCUCAGGUGUCCUCUUCGCGGCAGGCUAUUCGACAUAUUAUAUGGAAUUAGCAGGAUACAGCACGCAAAUGAGUUUCAGACUUCAGAUCGCACAGCAAAUUCUCUCGCUUGUCGGCAACGUCAUGUCUUACUUUGUCAUCGAUCGCCUCGGUCGCCGGAACCUCAUGAUUUACGGCCUAGCCGUGCUCACAAUCAUCCUAAUGCUAACGGGUGGCCUUGCCGUCGUGGCUUCUCAAAAUGAUAAUCCCAAUGCACCGGAUGCAGUGAAAGGCACCGUUGCUAUGAUCUUGAUUUAUUGUUGGUGGUACAAUAUGACUAUCGGAUCAGCAGGAUAUACCAUCCUGACUGAAGUUUCCACAUCACGUCUGCGGAUUAAGACGAUUGCCAUUGGCUUGGCGUUACAGAAUGCGCUAUAUACUAUGUGGUCAUUUGUGUUGCCGUACAUGUUCAAUCCAAAUGAGGCGAAUCUAGGUGCGAAGGUGACAUUUAUCUUUGGGGGGCUGAGUGUGAUUUGUUUGGUCUAUUUGUGGUUUUUCCAGCCUGAGACUGCGGGACGGACUUAUGGGGAGUUGGAUGAGAUGUUCAUGAAGAAGGUUCCUUCGAGGAAAUUCAAGGCUUACAAGACUGAUGCUGAGGCUAUGGGGAAUGCCGUGAAGGGGGGCGUUGAGAGUGAUGUUUGA